AUGGCGGCUCCUCCACCGCGAGGCCUCUCCCUCUACGACAACCUACACGAUCCCAACGAUCCGUCACCCUCAGCGACAAUCUCCUCCGCGCCAGUGACCUACCAGCAAGGCGGAUCAACAGCCGGCGACCAAGCAGCCAAGAAGCUGCUCAAUCCCGCGCUCCAGUUCCAACCCAUACGACGUCCGCAAGUGAAGCAGCCCAAAGCGAAGACGACAUUCCCAAAGGCCAUCCCCAGACCCGCGCCCGCCGCAGCCUCAGCGGCAGCUACCCCAGCAGCAGCCACUGGAGCUGCGCAAUCAAUACCGCAUCAGAGCACGCUUGCCGAUUGGGCAGUGACGGAGGAAGAUGAGUGGAUGUACGGCAUCGGAGAGAAGCGCCAGCGCGGCGGCCGCAAGAAGAAGAAGAAGCGACAGGAGCAGUUCGAGACGGAUUGGGACGAGAUGUACGACCCGACGAGGCCGACAAACGUGGACGAGUUUCUCAAGAGCGACGAGAAGGUGGAGGAGGUGAGAGAGUGGAAGGCGUUGCUAUACCGGCAUCGCAAGAAGCACGAAGACAGCGACAUGUCAGACUCGGAAGAAGAGGCAGCACCACCUCCAAGCCAACAACAUCCUGCUCCUCCUCCACCUCCACCACCACCUCAGACCUCCGAAUCAUCACAACCUCCCCCUCCACCUCCGCCCUCAGAACCCGGCACAAUAUCCAAAGCCCCCAUCCGCUACACCCAAACCUCACAACCAUCCGACAACCCCAACAAUGACGACAACGACAACGACGCAGGCUACUCCCCACCACCAACCUUCUCCCAAACCAACCAAGACACCCACAACACCCUCGAAAUAGAUUCCCAGCAGCAACAGCAACAACAACAACAACGCACCAACCGCCCCGGCCAAGCCGGCUUCGCCCACCGCCUCAUGACAAAAUACGGCUGGACAAAGGGCACCGCCCUCGGCGCCAACGAAUCAGGCAUCCUCAACCCCCUGCGCGUGCAAGUCGAGAAGCGCCGCAAGAGGGCCGACGCCGACGGCGGCGGCUGGGCCGAGCCCGCCAACAAGGCCAAGAUCAUUGGCGGCAACAGCAGCAGCCGGCACAAGAAGAACGACGCCAGCAAGUUCGGCCCCAUGAGCGAGGUCAUUGUCCUGCGCCACAUGCUCGACAACAUGCCCGACCUCGAGGCCGAGAUUGAGGACGGCCUGGGGCAGGAGAUUGGCGGGGAGUGCGGCGAGAAGUAUGGACGAGUCGAGAGACUGUACAUUGACGUGGAGACUCGUCAGGUCUUCAUCAAGUUCACGGAUCAGGUGUCCGCCUUGCGAGCAGUCAAUGAGCUAGACGGUCGUGUUUUCAACGGCAACAACAUCAUCCCCAAGUUUUACGAUACCGAAAGAUUUGAAAGGGGCAUAUACGUCGAUACGACAAGUUAG